AUGAGUAAUAUUCAGGUGUGCUCAACUAACUUAUCCACAUGGCACAAGUCAAAAUUUGGAUCCUUAUCAAAAGACAUCAAACAAACCCAUUCACAAAUUAUCCGUUUGCAGAAUUCACAAAAACAUAUGGAAGACCAUAGUGAGUUACGACAAACAGAAAGAAAAUUGGAUGGUUUAUUGCGCAAAGAGGAAGUCUUUUGGCAUCAACGAUCCAGAAUACAAUGGAUAAAAGCAGGAGACCAAAAUACAAAUUUUUUUCAUCAAAAGGCAAGAGAGCGGCAAAAGAACAAUUCAAUUAAAGAUGAGAUGAACAUGAGUUUAGAAGCCCCAUUUUCCUUGGAGGAAAUAAAAGAUGCAGUCUUCUCUAUGCCUGCAGAUAAAAGCCCAGGUCCAGAUGGUUUUUCAGCUUUACUUCAACAACCGGAAAGUAGAAAGGAAAUAAAGGGACUAAGAAUAGCUAAUACAGCUCCUUUCAUUACCCACUUAUUCUUUGCGGAUGACAGCCUCAUUAUCGUCCAGGCAACUGAGAGAUCUCUACAAGCUAUACAAAACAUUUUUCCUCUAUACUCGACAUGUUCUGGACAGAUGAUCAACUUUACAAAGUCUUUAUUAUAUUUUUCUCCAAAUACUUCGGAAGAGAUUGCCACUUUGUAUACAUCCUCUCUAAAUAUGCAAAGAACUGAUUCUAUAGAAAAAUAUCUGGGUCUACCGUUGUUGGGAGAUUCGUUGUUCUGGCACUAUACAAAUCAUGGGAACUAUUCUGUCAAAAGUGGGUAUAAUCUAGCCUCAGCUAUGGACAUUGCACUGCCAUCUUCAUCUGUUACAUUAAUAGCAAUGUGUGUUUGCCCACUAAUUUGUUUUGGAGAGGAUUCUAAUGCACAUGCUGUCUUUUGGUGUCCUUCCUCUAAAGAAAUAUUGGAUCGGUGGGAUUAUCCUUUCAUGUCAGAUAGGAAAGAGGACAUUUCCUUUAAGGAGAUUCUACUCUAUGCCUCUGAAAUUUUGGAAAAAGAAAACUUUCAAAAAAUGCUCAUCAUAGCUUGGGCAAUUUGUACACAGAGAACGACGGAGCAACCCAUACAAAAUGCAACAUCUACAAAUCAAAGAAGAGAAGAUUCGGGGAAUCAAUCCAAUAUCUUAUCAGUAGAUGCUGCAUUAUCUAACCAGACAGAAAUGAUAGAAUUUGGAGCAAUCAUCCUCUCCCCAGAGAAGGAAGUUAUUGCAGCUUUAUCUAAGCCCUUAAAAGGAAUGUUGUUAGCCUUUCAAGCAGAAGCUAUAGCACUGUUGGUCGCACUCAAUUGGGCUCAAAGGCUUGGAAUUCAGCUGGAUUUUAACCCAUUUUUGGUCCAAUUGUUUUAUUUCCUCUCCGUUUCUUUCUUCGGUUAUCUAGUUCUAGCCUCUUUGAAACCAAGAACUAACCACUCCUUUAAACCUACAAAACUAGACAUGUUGUUUACCACCGUGUCAGCCAUCACGGUUUCGAGCAUGUCUACGGUGGAAAUGGAGGUUUUCUCCAAUAUUCAACUCAUCAUUUUAACAAUUCUGAUGUUUGUUGGAGGAGAGGUGUUCACUUCCUUGUUGGAACUUUAUAUCAAACAGUUAAAGCUCAAAAAAACCCAAUACAAAGUCGCUUCCGUUAAUUGCAGCGAUAAUAUUAUUGCCCAUUCUCCUGCAAGUCCAAAACACAGUAGUAGUGCUUUUCAACAAAUAGAGUUAGAUAUAGUUCUUCCACAGACUCAGACAACUGAUGAUCAUGAUCAUCAUCAGUCAUCAUAUUUAGGGUGUUUGAAGUAUAGCUCAGUGAAGUAUCUUAGUUUUAUAGUAUUAGGUUAUCUCUUAGUGGUCCAUAUCUUUGGGGUAACAAUGGUUUUUAUUUAUGUGUCGAUAAUUUCUAGUGCAAAAAAUGUACUAAAAGAGAAAGGCUUAGACACCCUCAACUUCUCAAUUUUCACAACUGUGUCCACUUUCACCAACUGCGGUUUCAUUCCAACUAACGAAAAUAUGAUGAUUUUCAGCAAAAACUCUGGGCUUCUUCUUAUUUUACUCCCUCAGGUUCUUCUUGGGAACACAUUUUUCCCCUCAUGCAUACGAUUUUCCAUCUGGGUUUUAGGAAAAUUUGACUUUGGGAAAGAAAAAUCGGAGUACCUGUUAAGGAAUAAUAAAGAUGGUGAUAUUGGGUGCCUUCACUUCUUGCUUCCGGGUCUGCAUUGUUGGCUGUUGGUUCCUACGGUUUUAGGGUUCAUUUUUAUACAGUUCGUUCUAUUUUGCUCUUUGGAAUGGAACUCGGAGUCUUUGGGUGGACUGACUUGGUAUCAAAAGAUCAUUGGUUCUUUGUUCCAGAGCGUUAAUACAAGAUAUACGGGAGAAACUAUCGUCGACGUUUCGAUAAUAUCUCCGGCCAUCUUGGUCUUGUUCCUCUUCAUGAUGUACCUUCCACCUUACACUUCCUUUCUACCCCUAAAUGAUGGUGAGGAUAACGUAGAACAUUGUCUAAAUAGUGGAGCUGAAUUGAUGAAAAAAUCAAGUGAGAAAAGAGGAGGAAAAGCUAUAGAGAAUUACAUUUUCUCACAGCUCUCAUAUCUGCUUAUCUUCAUCAUUCUUGUCUGCGUAGCCGAGAGGAGAAAGAUCAAAGAAGAUCCACUUAAUUUCAGUGUUCAAAACAUUGCAUUUGAGGUUAUCAGUGCAUAUGGCAACGUGGGGUUUACGACAGGUUACAGUUGUAAACGGCAGAUACACCCAUCUAACGAUUGUGAAGACAAGUGGUACGGUUUUGCAGGAAGAUGGAGCGAUCAAAGCAAAAUAAUCUUAAUGGUUGUAAUGCUUUUUGGAAGACUAAAGAAGUACAAUAUGAAGGGAGGGAAAGCAUGGAAGCUUUUGUAA